AUGACCGACAGAGACAAAUUUGCAUUGAUUGUCAAUAUUGGAGGUUAUUUUGUGAACUGUGGACCUGUUGUGGAGUAUAUAUGUGGUAGUUUAAAGAGUAUUUAUGGGUUAGAUGCUGAUAGAUUUGGCUACUUUGACCUACAAGAAGAAAUUAAGAAGUUGGGAGUUAACAAGUAUGAAAAAAUUGUGUAUAGAAUACCUAAUGCUGGUGUUGGAGCUGAUAGUUUGAGAGAUGUAAUUGAUGAUAAAGGGGUUAUGGAGAUUAUUAGUUGUGGUAAGAAUAACAAAACUAUAGUUCAAAUUUAUGUGGUUGGUGGUGACAUUAUUGAUGAUGAAGCAGAUGAGAAUGUUGAGGCAUCAUUCCAGACAAAAUCUUCUAGCCAGCAAGAUACUGAUGAUGGGGAAGAGGUGAAUGGUUUGAGUCAGGCUGAGGCAUCAAUUGAGGAAGAGCCUGCAGACCAGUUGGAGGAUAUUAAUGAUAUUAUUGACAACUUCACUUCUAUUGAACAUGGUGAAGGUGAUGCAGAAACUAAUAGUGCAUGUGUUGGGUUGGGGUCACAAGAGUCAUCUGAUGAUGAAGAUUAUUUUCCAACUGGGGUGAGUUCAUCAGAUGAUGACCUUUCUGGUGAUCAUCUUUCUGAUGAUGAUGAAUAUGUUCAGGCAAGAAAGAACUUAAAGGAGUCUAGGAAAAAAAAGCCAAAUGGAAGGCCCAGAAAGCAUACUGCACCCCACACUGUGAACCCAAGAGGAAGGCCCAGACAGCAUACUGCACCCCACACUGUGGUUCAACCACCCCAAACUGAGACCAUGACAAGCCCACCAUCUGAGACAAUGACAAGCCCACCAGUUGAGAGGCUGACAAGACAACCAGUUCAGAGGAUGACAACCCGGUCUGUUGAGAAGAUAAAUAAUCUGCCGGUUAGGAGGUUGGGUCAACCACUGGUAGAGGAAGAGGAAGAGGGCAGAGGAGUGGGUCUACCACUGCUAGAGGAAGAGGAAGAGGGCAAAGUAGUGGGUCUACCACUGCUAGAGGAAGAGGAAGAGGGAAAAAACCUCCGACAUGGAUUGUCGUCAGUGCCAGAGGUGAAAACAUCGGCCUCAUCCAAACAGCCGCACAGCCUCUGCACGGGGAUAUUGGAUGAAGCGCUAUGUUGCGAAUUAGGGCUUGUACGAGACGCGUACGACAUUUUCAGAGGAUGA